CAAACUCUUCUUUUAGAGCAAUUGGACCGUAUCGAGGAAGGCAUGGAUCAAAUUAACGCAGACAUGAGAGAAGCUGAAAAAAAUUUAAGCGGAAUGGAGAAGUGUUGCGGCAUUUGCGUAUUACCUUGCAAUAAAAGCCAAUCAUUUAAAGAAGAUGAUGGGACUUGGAAAGGCAAUGAUGAUGGAAAAGUUGUAAAUAAUCAACCGCAAAGAGUCAUGGAUGAUAGAAAUGGAAUGAUGGCGCAAGCUGGAUAUAUUGGCAGGAUAACAAAUGAUGCGAGAGAAGAUGAGAUGGAAGAAAAUAUGGGACAGGUAAACACAAUGAUUGGCAACCUGCGAAAUAUGGCACUGGAUAUGGGUUCUGAGCUGGAAAAUCAAAACCGCCAAAUCGACAGAAUUAAUCGCAAG